UUGAGACGGAGUCAGAGAGAAAAAGUGAGUGACUGUGUUUGAGUGUGGGCGAUUACUAAGUCUGUUUGUCCAUUGUGUGUGUGUAUGUGUGUGUGUAUGCAUGUACGUAUGUGUGUAAGUGAGCAAGUCCAAGCAUGUGUGCCACCCCACGGUGGCCUGCAAAUUGAUCGCUCUCUUUAUUGGUUGGCUGGUCAGGUCUCAGAGGUGUAUUGUAUAGUGUUUGAGAUCGCAUCGUUGCAUCGUUGGCUGAGUUACUUUGCCCCACUGUGAUUGGUUACUUGGUGUGUGAGUGUUGGUUUGAGCCCUUCCUGUCGCAGUUUCCUUUGGCCUCUGGACUUUCCUGCUCCCCCAUACGCAGCUCCAGCUCCAGCUCCAGCUCCAGGGCUGGGCUUUGCACUUCCUAAAGCCUCCACUUUGGACUCUGAGGCGAGACGCUUUAGAAUCAGGCCCUAGACGGACGACAAGGAGUCAAGGACUAAAAAAAAAAAAAAAACGUGGCAGGGAUUUCUAAUAAUCUGUUGGAAUAUCCCACCAAAGGAAAUUUUGUCUGAAUACUUACACUCCUGUCUUGGACUCGUAACCAAGCCAGCUGAGGCGAGGCGCUGACUCUAGAACCAGGCCCAAGACAGACGACAAACGGUCAAACAGCUUAAGAGUCAAGGACUCAAAAACUGAAACUUCCACUUACUUUGGACCUGGAGCCGAGCCAGCCGAGCCUAAGCGCUUAUAGUACUGUGGAACCAGACCAAAGACAGACGUCAAACGGUCACGGACUUUAAAAAAGUGGCAGGGAUUUGUAGGAAUUGAAGUAGGAAUUUCCGAAACAACGGGAUUUUGCCGGCGAUAUUUACUGGACCGUUUCUGGGUUCUGGAUUCUUGGAAUAUAAUACGAUUUUGCUUACUUGGCACAGGAUAUUACUGGGUUCUACACGGACAGACACACAGGUUCAGUCGGAAAAGGUUCAAGUUGGACUUGACUUCUUGGCUAAGGAGGAGCCCAACCCAUGGGACACUAAGGUCAAAGGGUUGUGAGGCGAGAGGACAUUGAGAGACACUCACACACACACCCCUCUCCCAGAGCAUGCCUCUGAGUCCGGCUGCCGACGGCAAACAUGAGUCUCCCGAGCGGCCACGGCAACAGCACGCCCCUACCAACGGUAACCACGGAGACCACAGCUUUCGGGCCUCUCCCGGGAAAAACGCUGCUACCGCCGCCGCUAUCGCUAGCGCGUGCGCUACCGCCGCCACCGAUCCCAUGGACGAUCUCCAAGGAAACGCAGCCGUCAUCCGCAUCGGAAUCCCUGACCUGCAGCAAACAAAAUGCCUGCGUCUGGACCUGGAGGCUCCGGUGUGGGUGUGUAAGCAGCGCGUGCUGGUGACGUUGACCCAGAGUCUGACGGACGUGCUCAACUAUGGCCUCUACCUGCCCGCCUUCAACGGGCGCGCCGGCAAGUUCCUGGACGAGGAGAGGCUGCUGCGAGAGUACCCGCUGCCCACCAUCACGCCUGUGCCCUAUCUGGAGUUUCGCUACAAGAGGCGGGUGUACACACAAAGCCAUGUGGAUGACAAGCAGUUGGCUAAACUUCACACCAAGGCUAACCUGAAGAAGUUCAUGGAGGUCGUUCAGCUGAGGUGUGUGGAGAAACUCUCCAGGUUUCUGGAGAAAGGACUGGACCCAAACUUCCAUGACUCGGACACAGGAGAGUCUCCCCUCACCCUGGCUGCUCAGCUGGACUCGUGCGCUGACGUGAUCAAGGUUCUGCGUAACGGGGGCGCCCAUCUGGACUUCCGCACCAGAGACGGCAUCACCGCCGUCCACAAGGCCGUGCAGUCCAGGAACCAUGUUGCACUAACAACUCUAUUAGACCUGGGUGCAGCUACAGACUACAAGGACAGCCGAGGCCUGACGCCACUGUACCACAGUGCCAUAGUGGGGGGAGACCCCUACUGCUGCGAACUCCUCCUGUACGACCAUGCACAGCUGGGCUACAGCGACGAGAACGGAUGGCAGGAGAUACAUCAGGCCUGUCGGCAUGGUAACGUGCAGCAUCUGGAACACCUCCUGUUCUACGGAGCCGAGAUGAGCGCUCAGAACGCCUCAGGAAACACAGCCCUGCACCUGUGCGCACUAUACAACCAGGAUGGAUGUGCCAGAGUCCUGCUGUUUCGGGGGGCUAACAAGGACAUCAAAAACUACAACAACCAGACAGCAUUUCAGGUGGCCAUCAUUGCAGGCAAUUUUGACCUGGCAGAAAUCAUAAAGGUCCACAAGCUCUCAGAUGUUGUGCCUUUCAGGGAGAAUCCUUGCUACUCCUCCAGGCGUAGAGGCGGCCCAUCGAGUGCCUGCGUCUCUCCUCGACGCUCCGCCCUCCUGCGGUCGGCCAGUGACAACGCUCUGGAUGAGAGUCUGCCCGCCCCUUCUCCCGCCCCCUCGCUCUGCAGCCUGCCGCCAUUGGACGCCGAGGACAUCAUUCAUGCACAGCGGAGCAGCCAACAGGGGGCGCACACACACACGCGGAGCCUCAGGAGACACACACGUGGACACCUGAGUCCCUCCAGUCCGGUGCAGAGGGAGGCUAGUCCCCCGGCGGUGUCGCGAGCGGGCUCCAAGCGGCGUCUCUACAGCGCCGUACCGGGACGCACCUUCAUUGCCAUCAGCUCCCACACGCCACAGGGAGAGGGGGAGAUCACCCUCAACAGAGGAGAGAGAGUCAAGGUCAUGAGCAUAGGGGAGGGUGGGUUCUGGGAGGGUUCUGUGAAGGGCCGCACCGGAUGGUUCCCAGCCCACUGUGUGGAGGAGGUGCAGAUGAGACAGUUCGACCCCCGGCUGGAGACGCGCGAGGAUCGCACCAAGAGGCUGUUUAGACACUACACAGUGGGCUCGUAUGACAACUACACCUCCUACAGCGACUAUGUCAUUGAGGAGAAGAGUGCCACACUGCAGAAGAGGGAGAGCGAGGGCUUUGGCUUUGUCCUGCGUGGAGCUAAAGCUGAGACCCCAAUUGAAGAGUUCACCCCGACGCCGGCGUUUCCUGCGCUGCAGUACUUGGAGUCGGUAGACCUGGAGGGAGUGGCCUGGAGGGCGGGGCUUAGGACAGGUGACUUCCUCAUCGAGGUGAAUGGUGUGAGCGUGGUGAAGGUGGGCCAUCGGCAGGUGGUGUCCCUGAUCAGGCAGGGGGGCAGCAGACUGGUGAUGAAGGUGGUGUCAGUAUCCCGCAAGCCGGACACCGGAGAAGUGGUGCGCAAGAAAGCUCCCCCUCCCCCCAAGAGGGAUCCGAGCACCAGCCUGACGCUACGCUCCAAGAGUAUGACUGCCGAACUGGAGGAGCUGGAGAAGCUGGAUGAGAUGCUGAACAGUGCUCCUAAGGAGCCGGUGGUGGUGAUGAGAGCACGCCCCCUGGAGGCCGACUCACGCGCUGCAACGGUCAAGCAGAGACCCAUCAGCCGCAGAAUCACACAGGCGGAGAUUAGUAAUCUGCUGGAGCGUCAGGGCAUCUCCCCGUCCUCUGGCAUGGCCCUGGGACUGGACAAGAGCCAUAUGCAGCUGCCCAGGGGCAUGUCCCGGACCAAAUCAUUUGAGAUGUUUCACACAGGCGCUCCGGAGGACGACCGCAUCUCAGCCUUGAUUAACGAACACCACCGGUUUCCCCGGAGCUCCUCCAUGACGGACAGCUUCCAGAGCAGCAUCCCGCCCCCUCCCCAGACGGCCCCGCCACCUCCCCCCACUUCCUCUUCCUCUUCCUACUUCCUGGAUUCGGGACCACCCCCUGCCUUCCUGCCGCCGCCCCCUCCCUCCAGGUCGGCCAAUCAGUCGCGCUCCAGCUUCCGGCCAGGGGCGGAGCCUAAGCUGCACGGGCCUAUCACAACAGAGCGCCAGAGGAAAGCCCGCUCCAUGAUCAUCCUGCAGGACACCGCCCACCUGCCCGUGGAGCCCACCUCCAUCGCCCGUCCAGCCACGCCCACUUCCGGUCACCACACCCCCACGCAGGAGAGGGGCAGGAGACGGACGCCUGCCGUAGAGAACCCCUACGCUAACGUGGGAAGGCUCAGUACACUCUACACGCCAGCCAAGCCCCAGAGGAGGAAGAGCCCUCUGGUCAAGCAAGGACAGGUGGAGGAGGGUGGAGCCCUCACUGGAAGUCAGGAGCGGAUCGUGAUCCGCGAGCCGUCUCCCUCGGGCACCUCCCCUCGUAUCCCCCACAGCAGUCGGGCAGAGCAGUUCCAGCAGCAGGUGCUCUCCGAGCGCGCUCGCAUCGUCCCGCCAGGAGGGGGCCUCACUGCGGGUGGGGCGCGCCGCCGUCCCAGUGUCUUCCUGUCAGUGGAGGGGGGCGCCACUGAGCCCCAGACCGCCCCGCUGCUCUCCCAGUCGCACUCCAUGGACGAACUCGCGGAGCUUCCACCGCCAGCACCCAUGCUCUCCCCCGGCCCACCACCAGGAGGCUCCACCUUCAUCCACCCUCUCACAGGACGGCCCCUGGACCCCUCCUCUCCUCUCGCAUUGGCUCUUGCUGCUCGGGAACGAGCCUUGAGUGGAAGGACCACACCCACUACGCCGUCUCCCUCCCCAACGCCCAGUCAGGGUGGCCGAGGGGCGGAGAGACCCGAGACAGAAGGCGGAGUUACCACCCCAACGGCCAUAGAGGCCACACCCCCUACAUCGUGGAGGGACGAGCCUAUCAUCAUCACGGAAACACCGGCUGGAGACGUCAUUGUCAGUAGCAGCAGCCCGGUGUCAGUGUCGGGGGGUGGGAGGAGUCCGGAAGAAACGCCGGCCCCUUCCAGCUUGACGGACACUGAGCACAGUCCAACCACGAUCCGCGUUCCCUCACCCGCCCCACCCCUCGCCAUCCUAUCAGGGCGCAGUAUGACCAUGAGCUCGGAGGAGGAGGCGGAGCCAUACACAGUGACCCUCCCCCCGGCGCUGCUGUCAUCCAGUGACGAGGAGACGCGUGAGGAGCUCCGCAAGAUCGGAUUGGUCCCCCCGCCCGAGCCUUUCGCCAAUGGCCUGAUGGCCAAGGAGGCCGCCAUCAAAUCCCCGUCGUCGCUCUCCCUCGCUCUGUCCGCCGCAACCGCCGCUAGCCCCCGCCAGGUGACGAUAAUGACGUCAGCGACCGCUAUCACGUUGUCAUCCUCGUCAUCGUCGUCGGCCUCUGUGAUCACCGCCGCGUCCUCCUCCACCACCAUCGCUACGGGCGGCAUCGGUGGCGGGACGAUUUCGGUGAUGGGCAAGUGCGACUCCGCCGCGGACUCCGGCGUGGAAGACCCUCACCUGGAGACGACCAGCACUGUCUCCACGGUCUCCAGCAUGUCCACGCUGUCGUCGGAGAGCGCCGACUCAGCCCACGGGAAGCCCAAGUGCGCGGGGAGGGGCCGGCCCGCAGCCUUGCUCCGCGACCCUCUGCUCAAGCAGUCCUCCGACAGCGAGCUGCUGCCCCAGGUGCAGGGUGGAACGGGAGCUCCUGGUCGGCCCAGGUAUCUGUUCCAGCGUCGCUCCAAGCUGUGGGGGGAAGUGGAGCCCAGGAGCACCAGCGGGAGCUUGUCCUCCUCCUCCACGGGACACCUGCCACAGCAGGACGUGAUGACCUUGGGAGGUGGAGGUGGAGGUGGGGCAGCCAAUGAGGGCAGACCGGCGGCCAUGGGGGCGGAGCUUCUGAGUAAGGAUACACAUACGCACUCGCUAGGGGAGGAGCCUGUCAUCGGGGCGGCUCUGGAUCCUGGACGCAGGUCACCUGUAGGAGGAGCCAGGUUAUUCAGCAGUCUGGGUGAGCUGCACACCAUCUCGCAGCGCAGCUACGGCACCACCUUCACCAUCCGCCCCGGCUCGCGCUACCCCGUCUCCCGACGCACCCCCAGCCCUGGCGCCACGCCCGACCGCUCCUCUGACGCCGCCCUCUCCGGCGCCAUCCGCUCCUUCGGCAGCAGCGGCGUCAUCUCCACGGCGGGCACCGCCGCCGCCGCCACGUCAGGCACGGGCCACCCGCACCACCACCACCACCACCACCACCACCACACCAUCCUCAAGUCGUCCAGCCUGAGCCUGCCGCAGGAGUCCAAGGAGGUGCGCUUCGUGAUGCGCAGCGCCAGCGCCCGCAGCCGCAGCCCCUCGCCCUCGCCCUCGCCCUGCGCCUCGCCGUGCCCGUCGCCCGUGCUCGGCGGCCCGCUGAUGGCGCUGCGGCCCUUCCGCCAGCGCCCGCUGUCGCUGUGGAACAAGUACGACGUGGCCGAUUGGCUGGAGAGCGUGGGGCUGGGCGAGCACCGGCCGCGCUUCCUCGAGCACGAGAUAGAGGGCGCCCACCUGCCGGCGCUGACUAAAGACGACUUGGCGGAGCUCGGGGUGACGCGGGUGGGCCACCGCAUGAACAUCGAGAGGGCGCUCAAACAGCUGCUGGAUACUUGAGGACCUUACAGACCUGUACCCUUCUCUUUCCUCUUCUAUAUUCCACUCUCUCCUCCCUUGCUCUCCUCCUCCUCUCUUCCUUCGACAGUCACCAUGGAAGACUUGGGGGUGACUUUGGUGGGCCAUCGCAUGAACAUGGAGAGGACGCACAAACAGCUGCUGGAUACUUGAGGACUUCCCUCCCCCUCUUCCUCCUCUUCUCUCUUCCCUUGUUUCUCUCCUCGUCUUCUUCCUCCCCUUGCUUCUCUCCUCUUCACCUCUUCUCUCCUCCUCUUGCCUCCAUCACAGGGACAUCGAGAGGGCGGAUGUCUCCUCUUUCUCUCCACCUUUUAUUCCUCCUUCCUCCUCUAUCUCUCCUUUGUCCCUCUCCUCCUUCUCCUUCUCUGUUUCUUCCUCUCUAUCUCAUCCUCUGUCUUUAUCUUCUACUCUCCCAGAAUCUUUACUGGACCUGUACAUUAUCUAACUCACAAGUUGGAUACUUGAGGUGGCCUCUUCUCCUCUUCCUCCUCCUCAUCCUCCUCCUCCUCUUCCUCAUCCUACUCCGCCUCCUCCUCUUCUUUCUCCUCUUUCUUUUCUCUUCCUCUCACCUUCCUCCUCUCUUUCUCUCUCUCUCCUCUCCUCUCUCUCCUCUUCUACUUUCCUCGUCUUGUCUUCCUGUCUCGCACCUUCUCUUCCCUCCCUCUUCCCUAUUCCUUCCCUCCCCUACCUCUCCAUCCUGGCCCCUAUCCUCCUACCCCCUCUCCUCUUCCUCCUCCUCCUCCUCCUCCUCUUCCUCAUCCUACUCCGCCUCCUCCUCUUCUUUCUCCUCUUUCUUUUCUCUUCCUCUCACCUUCCUCCUCUCUUUCUCUCUCUCUCCUCUUCUACUUUCCUCGUCUUGUCUUCCUGUCUCGCUCCUUCUCUUCCCUCCCUCUUCCCUAUUCCUUCCCUCCCCUACCUCUCCAUCCUGGUUCCUAUCCUCCUACCCCCUCUCCUCUUCCUACUCCUACAUCCCUCUUCUCUUCCUCCGUCGCUGGGACAGUGUGCUACCUAUCUGAUUGUGAAAGUAUGAUCACUGUAAACGUUUGUUGGAAUUACACUGGAAUCUGGCACUGAAUUGUUGCACAAUCCACCCACUGCCCGAACCCCAACCCCAACCCCCCACCUCCGACAGUUGACAAUCCUUAAAGGCAGAGUAUGUAAUUCAUAUUAGUAGUUUAUUUCUGAAUUUAGUGCUGUCCAUUCACAAAUGUUAUUUUUUUCAUGGAUAUCUACUGCCACUACUAUCAAUAUCCAACUAUUCAUUUUCACUUGGAAAUUAGGGCUGUAACAAUAUUGUAUCGAAUCUAUCGUGAUACAAGAAGGCAGUAUCGUGAUGCGCCAUUUCAAAGUACUGUUACCCUUCAGUCCAAAAAACAACCACAUGAUAUGAUGUGAUGGUGCUUCCAAACUUCACAUCAAUUGUAUUAGGCUACUUUUUUUUAGCUUUUUUUUUUUUUUUUUUUUUCACAUCAGUACGUUUUUACAUUGGAAGCCUCUUUAAACCUUUUCUUCCUAUGAACAAUCAUCAAAAAGUCACAUUUUUAAAAUUGUGGCUUGUUUCGAAACGUAGGUAAAAAAAAAUUGUAAUGCGAACCGAAUAGUGGUUGAGUGUAUCGUUACAGCCAUAAUGGAAAUGUACACUUUUCUCACAUAAACACAGUAGUUUACAGAAUAUUUUCCAUGUCUGCCAUCUUGGCUUACCAGUCAUAGACAUCCGUGUCUGCAAAAAGUACUGUACUUUGAUCCAACCAGUAAAUACUUGUUAAUUAAUUAAUUAAUACAUAUUCAUGAAAAGAUCAACUAUGUAAAUGGAAAGCAUAUAUUUUCAAAAUGAAUGACUGAAAUUACAUAUUUUGCCUUUAACAUGCAUAGAAAAUGUAAUUUC